UGAAGUUGUAUCUAAUGUCAAUCUAUCAGUUCAUCGUAACUUAAGAUACGGAAACGAAUAUUUAAAUUUGUUUAUACAUUUCGCUUUGUAUAAAACCAACACUUACUGAUAUGAACUAACUUGUUACAAAGGAAAUAAUAGUGCAAGUGUUAUGUAAAUAACCCGUUUGUUUGUUACUUCAUGACCAAGCUAUGAUCAAAUUGCAUGACAUCAUAAACAAUACAAUUUGCAGCGAAAACUUCCUGUGCCUUCUUAAUUCUACCGCGGUUUUCGUCAAAUAAACACGCAUAGCGAUGUUUCUUUAUAUAAAAUCUUUUUUGUUACUAAUACUUUUAACGGAUUGUCGAAGUUUAACGCCACAAUGCAGGAAUGAAAAGGGAGAACCUGUAGAUUGGUUUUACAUAUAUAAGUUGCCAAGGGAGAAAAAUCACCUCAAUCCACUUAUCCGAAAAGGAGUGGCUUAUAUGCAUUUAACUCCAUCUAAAUUAAGAGCUGGAUGGAUAUUAUCAGAUCUAGCCAUAAGUGACCCUCGUUCUAUGCUUGGAAGAACAUUGGCUCCAUUGUACCAGGACAAAAAUAUAAUUUCACUUAUUUAUAAUGAUCAACCACCAGCAAAUGAAAAUCAACCAGAUCUGUUACAUUCUGUUGCAGAAGUUUAUUCGAAAAGCAAAAGAGGUCAAAUAAAACAAGCAGGAUUUAAGAAAUAUAAAAAGUUCAAACUUGGUGUUAAAUACUAUGACGACUAUGAUUUGGCAGAAAUGUGUAAAAUGCAUUCCAGAUUUAUGAAGACAAGAGUAGAGAGUGGUCACACAAAAGGUGUCAUACUGGGGGGUAAAUUUACAUCUCUAUGGUUGGUACACUCAGUACCCAGAUUUCCUCCAUUGCCUGACAUCAAUGGUAAGAAUGUAAGUUCAUAUGACUACCCCACAACUGGUAUGAAGUAUGGCCAGUCGGCGCUCUGUGUGUCCGUACAAACGUCGACACUCAACCAGAUUGCUACACAAUUAAAGUACAACGACCCCUUGAUUGCAUACUAUCAUAUACCUCAGGAAUUUGAUAACGAACUACCCAACUUGGUGGAUUUGGUACAUAAUAAGACAAUCGAUGUAUCUCCAUGGUAUCAUGUAGAGAGCUUCGAGACGCUAGCAGGGCGUAAGUUCCUCUCGUUCGCUAAGAGCGCAAUGUUCAACGACGACUUGUACAGUGGUUUGGUGGCUGAAGUUUUGCAAUCUGAUUUAUUGGUUGAGUCCUGGACUAAUGGCCCAGGCGCGUUGAAUUCUGAAUGCAACAGAAACUUUCAAGUACGUAACAUAGAACGUCUCAAGUUUCCCAUAGCUAAAAUGUCAUUCACAUCAAGCGACGACCACUCGAAGUGGGCGGUCGCUGUCGCACACAAGAUGCACAACAGCCAAGACACUAAAGUGGCAGACUACUGGGUCUGCGUAGGAGAUAUCAAUAGAGCGUUAUCACAAGAGUCCCGCGGUGGCGGCACAGUAUGUACUUCAGGCCCUAUACUGUGGGGUAAUUUCGCUCACCUCAUCGAAUCUGUUCAGACUUGUAACUAAAGACUAUGGUAGGAUAAGAAUAACUUAUUGAAAUCAGAUAUUAAAGCCUGGCGGUGAAAUAAUUAACUUCUAUAAUUAUAAAACACUAGCGACCUGUCCAGGCUUUAUACAGAUUAUUUUAAAAUAAAAUACAGCCUAUGUUACUCGCUGAUAAUGUGGCUAUAGGUGAAAGUAUUUUAAAAUCGGUUAAGUAGUUUAUCGAGGGCUACUUACCGCUUAUUAACAAAAAAAAAAUCGAAAUCAAUUGUGAUAAAACCACUUACUUUAAUCUAAAAAUCUAAACUCCUGAAUUGAUUUAGAUAAAACUGCUAUGGGACCAAUUUGUGUGAAUAUCUGAGUUUGAAUGAAAGUAACAAAAAAGUGUAAUAGUUAAAGUAGGUUCGAAGAAGGUUUUAAUUUUUAAGAAUAUUAAGGUAAGAUUUUCUGUAUUUGGGAUACAAAAUAAUUAUGUUGUUUAUAGUUCUAAAUCCAUUUACAUCUCGGUCUAAGCAAAGUAAAAUAAUUUUACCAUCAAGUACUAAAAUUGCCUACAUAACAUUAUUUUUCUCCUCAAUGAACAUGUUUUAUAUUAACUUAUUUUGACAACUAAGAUGUAACAAUAUGGCGGAAAUGUACUUGUGAUCUUAUUUCGAUUGUAUUGUAAUCAUCGUCAUAUUAUCCUAUCAGCAGUUAACUGUUCACUAUCCAUUGUUAUAGGCCUUCCCCAUAAUGGGGAUUUUGCCAAUAGCUGCCACGUUUUCAGGUUUCAGCGAGUUGGCAACCGCAGUUAGGCUUUUGGUGAUGUUUUAAAGGGACGCUGCUGCCCAUCCCUAGACCAUUAAGUUACCUUAGUCGCUUCUUACGACAUCCACCAAAGGAAGGGGUGAUUCUAUGCCGUGACCAGAGGGCACAGAAUGGGAUUGUUUUGUAUAUAAAAAAUUUGAUCUGUUUGUAAUGUCUUUUAUUUAUGGAAAACAUAUUGUGAUGGUAAGAAAUAAAAUCGUGAGAUUAAAAAAAAAAGUAUUUAUUAAGAUUUUUUAAUAUAUUUAUCGCUAAGUAAACAGUUUGUAAUUUCUCAUAAGUAGGUUUAAGUAUGU